ACCUGCACCUGUCCGACCUGUUUUUGGGAGGGGGACACAUGACUCCCGAGGAAUUUCGCUCGCUGCUCCCGCUCCUUUGUUGAACGGAGUCUUUUCUUCAGUGGGAGACAGGGGGUGAGAGGCAGAGGAGAGGGGGAGACAGAGAGAAGACAGAGGGAGACACAGAGAUGUCGGAACCAGCCGCUAAUCCCGCUGCCACCUCGUUCCCAGCGCCAACUAUUUCUCUACCUUUGGGACUGGAAGUAUUGAGGACUUACUCUGGAGCCCUGGUCUGUUUAGAAAUAUUAUUUGGUGGCUUAGUAUGGAUCCUGGUGGCUUCCUCCGAUGUGCCCGUGCCUCUGCUGCAGGGAUGGGUGAUGUUUGUCUCUGUCACUGCCUUCUUCCUUUCCUCCGCCUACCUCACACUCCUCAUCACCGGCCUGGCUGACCGCAUCAACACUGACUGGAACUUCUUGGAUGUGUUUUACCAUUUCAUAGCUUUGCUUUUCUACUUUGCUGCCUUCGUGUUGGAGGCAGCAACUACAGCAGCAAAUGGAGGAGCCCACGUCAAGCCACUACCUAACAGCACUGACACUGUCCUGUGUAUAACCUACCCUCGAGGCAAUAUAUUCACAGUCCUGAGUGACAAGCAAUACAGUAUUAACGUGGCAGCAACGAUAUUUGCAUUUGUGGUGACACUAUGCUACGGCUGCAGUAUGUUGAUGGGCUUCAAGAGGUGGAGGAUGUAACCAUGAAAACUGACAUAACCUAAUUUUACAAAUGCUUCAUAACUUCAGUGUGUGUUAAAACAUUACAAAGCUCCACACAGAGCACUGUCCUCAGUUCAGGUCAGUGCAAACUAUAUUAUUUCCUUAUAGGAAAUUCCUGUCAGCAAGCGAUCACAACAUCAAAGCUACACUGGGAAAAGUAUGGAUGACAAAAUUUCUGUUCAGAUUUCUGGACAAUAAUAUUCAUACAGCAAUAGAUUGUUGAAGUAGGUUGUGUCUGUGCUGUUAAGUAUAUUUUGAGAACAGCAAUGAAGAACAGCAGUUGCUGUCCAGUUAGCACCAAAUGAAUUUCAUUCCUCUGCUGCUAACCUGAUGAUUUCACUGUUCUGCAGCCUUCCUUAAUGUUGCCAGGAAAAUCUGUGUGAAGUUAGGGAAAGUGGUGCAUUUUUAGGCUAUGCAGGGCAAUUUUGCAAGAUGUGUGUGAUGCCUCUGACAGUUAUAGUUCUGUUUUCUUACCCACUUCAUACAAGUAAUUAUACAAGUAUUGCUCCAUUUCCUGAGUCACAUCCUCACCAAAGAAAAUAUUUCCCAUUUCCAUUACCACAAAAACACGUGCACAUGUGCUGUUAAAAGGAUAUGCACAAGGACGUUAAUGUGAUGCUUUUUUUUUUUUUUUUGGAAAGACCCUGAAAGGCAAAUUAAUUGCUUUCACUGUUCUUCAGUUACCUUGGUGCUAAGGAGCUGCCAACUCACUCUAGAUUUAACAUGUCUGUUGUUACAUUUUUACAUGUGGCCAUUAUUUAAAAUGUAAGUUGAUUUGAUAUUUGAAUUUUCAAAGUUUUAAUUACCUGUUAUGAGCACUUUUUGUUGGGUUUUUUCAGCAUAUCUGGCAUAAUUGAUUCACUGUAUUGUAACUAUUGUGCUACACAGACAAUAUUUAUCACAUAAUAGUAUCUGUUACUGUCCUGAAUGGCUAAAUCCAGUGACUUAUUGUUAAAUAUAAAUUGACCAAGGUCUGGGUUAAAUACUGUACAUCUGUCAUUCCUGUGAGUUCUAAUAAAAACUAAUCAUUUAAUCUGAUCAUCAAUAAAAUGCUUUUGUCAGCUACUAUAUUUCAAACAGUGAUCAGUGAAUUGUUUAAAUAUAUGUUUUAUGUAGUAUGUUUUUAGUGUUUGACCUUUAAUGCAUCAUUAAAUUGUCCAAAUCAUUAACUAUCUUACUUGCAACAUGAUUUAGUAGUAGUAUUUAUUGUAUAGUUUUGUUUGCAUUAGGCUAUUAAAAGUUAUUAUUGAUUUUAAAUAGUUUUAAAUUGAGAA